AUGAGUGAAAAUGAGUCUGGUACAGGACAGAUGCUUCAUCAAAAGCGAAGCUUUUCUGAGCAAGACGAUGGCUUCUAUGAGGUAAACAAGGUUUCAAAAAAAGAACUUUUGGAACAAUUACAAAGUAGCAGGCGAUGUUAUGAAGUCUCAUCCAGAAAGUUGGAAAAACAAAAGAUCGAAUUGUAUGAUAAAUUACGGCACAUCGCUUUUUUCCUUAGUUGGUGGCCUCUUAUAGCUCAACAGUUUUACUGUAUUUUCCAAAACCGCGAGUCUGCUGAUUUUGGGAUUGAACAGUCGAUUGCGCUCUUGGAGCAGACUCCUGAUAUGGAACAUAUAAAAAAAUCGCUUCAGAAUGAACAAUCGGGGAUUCAUGCGAUGCUAAAUGAUUCGUUUUCUCCAGAAAUAUUGGAAAAAGUAACGUCAACGCCUGACUUUCAAUCUACGUUCACUUUUCCGUUGAAAGACGAUUCCCAGUUAAGUGAAAGUAAAACGAUCCUUGAUUCUGAAAUAGAAAGAGUAAUGAACGAUCUUCAAUCUGCAGAGGGUCGCCUGCAUAGUAUUCUUAAGCUUCCCGAUCGGUCUAGUAGCUACACAUUACGAUGCAUCAAUGAAUCGGUAAGUUCGCAUCCCCCUACGAAGAAAGAAAACCCAGUAAAUGGAAAGGAAAAGGCUGCUUCAGUCGGUGAAGCUUUGGGGCAGCAAUCUCAAUUACAAGAGCUUUCCCGCUUACAAGAAGAGCAACAAGCCAUAAUGAAUAUAUACUCUCAGCAGAUGUCCUCUGUCGAUUCCAAAUUGAGUGAAAUUGACAAUAUAAUUAUUAAACGAAAAAAUGAGCUUGGAAGUGUUGACUGGGAACAUCUCCAGAAAAGCCCUUCGUUAUUGAAUUUAAUGCAUGUUAUAUCAUUAACGUCUGCUCAAUACGGGGCUCUUGAACAAUUGUAUAUUGAAUGCUUCGAGGAUAGGGAGUUUUUUCUACAUCAGAAGCGAAAUUUUGAUAAUUAUUCUAGGUCAUAUUAUCAAUCCGUAUUGUCUGAUUUUGAAACGCAGAUUGUCGCACUACAAAAAGAUGAACAUCGAAUUGCACAAGCCAAAGCGGAUCUUUUGAAAGCAAGUGGGAAAAAACAAGCAGGUUUAGAUGAAAAGGUCGGCAUUUUAACGGAGAAAACAGACAAACUCAAGGAAUUGGAUGCCCAAGUAGAAGAAACCAAGAAAAAAAUAGAGUCAAUAAACAAUUCUGUCGGUGCCAAGUUACAAGAAAGAACGAAAUCUUUACUUUUCCAAAGAGAGUUAUCCAAAUUUUUAACCCAAGAAUUGGCUCAUACGGAGCGGGCUUUCCGUUUAGCUAAUCAACAAGUUUUAAAGAAAAUUGAUAUGCGCAUGGAGGAAUUAACUAACAGGUAUAAAGUGGAAAAGGAUAAGGCGGAGCAGAAAUAUUUUGUCACCAUGAAAUCCGGAGAUAGUUUACAUGCCGAGGUAAAAGCGCUACGUGAAAAAUACAAGAAGACGGAUGAAUUUACCUCCAAAAUGUUAUAUACCCAGCAUCUGACUACUUUAGAAAUUAUCAAGUUAGAAGAAAGAAUUUCUGAUUUAUCUGAGGUUCGAAAUACAUCUUCGAGAUAUUCCGUCGAGUUUCAAGUUAAACAAGCAGCUCAAAAUUUUACGAUAGCUAGCCAAGAGAAAAAGGUGAACAACCUAGAGGGAAUAAUUAAAAAGGCGAAAUCUGAAUUAACCGAUUUGAAUGAACAAUCGUCGUUGCUAUCGUCAAAUAUUGUCUCCUUGGAAAAACGAAAUGAGCAUCAUGAGUGGCAGAAGCGAAAGUUAAACGACAGUGCUGUAUCUUCAUCCGAAGAGGAAAUGAAGAUGUAUAGAGCUAUGUGUAAGUGUUCUGUUUGCAAUUUUGAACGUUGGAAAAAUUCAGCAAUAUCACUUUGUGGGCAUGCUUUUUGUUAUCAAUGUGUACAAAAAAGAAUAGAAACGCGUCAAAGACGCUGUCCAAUAUGUGGCCGAGGUUUUGGAGCUUCCGAUGUUGUUCCUAUGCAAUUAUAG